CUAGGAGCUGUGUACACCGUCCUCGCUUUGUUCAAUAGCGAUUUAUGCUUCGCAGUGUUUGUCGAAGCUGUGUUUCAUAGAAUGCGAUACGAUACUAAUUCUGCAAUUUUGCAAUCUCUUGAGCUUCGUGUGUCCCCCCGUUUUUUUAUUGUCAAGAAUGAACUAACUUUGCACUCAAGCCACAGAUGUAGGGGUGCUUAAUUAACCGUGGUAUUCUUGAGAUAUUUUACACAGGAUUUUGUUGUAUAAUAAAGUUUCUUGGUCACCCGUCGAGGACACAUCAAAACAAUCUUUUAAGUGUUCUGGCUAAUUGGUAAAGAAAUUUUGGCAAUUCUCGAAGACUCGAGAAAACUCAGCAGGAUUCGAGCCGAGGCAAAUGUUGAUUCAGUGAAUGCCGACUAACUCUCGGUGAAUUGAACUGUACACGGAAGAAUGUCUCUAACAAUCACCGCGUACACCGUGCUACUCCUAGCUACCCUGCACAUCCCUCAAGUCAGCUGUGUGUUUCUCUUUAUCGCCAAAAAAACGAAGGCAAACAUGUCGGAGAGCAUCGUCAUUCCUAUGUCCAACUUAAUGCGACCCCCCAAUCUCAAAAGUGCUCCGGGCGUCAUGGGUCUAGACUUUUCCAGCUACCGGAAAAUCGCCGCCAUUAAUAGUACGGACGAAAGAUGUGAAAGCGGUCAACCAUUAAGCUCGGCUAUCCUAGACUUCGCUCCGUAUGCGUAUAUGAGUUUUAGCGGGCGUCCUGUGUUUCCACCAAGGAGCGUCAUCAAAAAUGGAACCAAAAAGAUGAUUUAUGUUGAACCUAUCAUUAUAUUUUACGGGUUUUUCCCGGAAAUUCUAAAAAAAGCCAUCCCAACUUGUUGUCAUGCUAAGUCGAAUAUUCAGUUUGGAAAGUUGCAGACGGAGCAAUAUGUCCCCGAUAAGGUGAAGCCCCCUGAUGUUGACCACGACUUUUCAUUUCCGUUGUACGGGGAAAGUAUGGAUGAUACAACGUACAAAAGCAACGGUUUCAUCCCUAUCAUUCAAGCGCCAAGCGUGGCCUUGGUGGUCCCAUCGAACUUCAAGGAAGCUCGUCCAACCUAUUUUUUAGCCACGACAAUCUUUAAAGUUUGGCCGUUGUUUCUCUUUGUUGUACUGCUCGCGGGAUCAGCUGGCAUUGUUAUGUGGUGCUUGGAUCGUGCUGUAAAUGCUGAGCAAUUUCCAAAACCAUUCCUCCAAGGAGCAUUGGAGGGAUUUUGGUGGGCUUUUAUCACCAUGACAACCGUUGGUUAUGGUGAUCGAACUCCAAAAUCAUUGUUUGGUCGUUUCUUUGGUAUUUUUUGGAUAAUAUUUGGUGUUGUUAUCAUCUCAAUCCUCUCUGGCAUAAUCAUCACCAUCUUUAACGCGUCGACUAAAGUUCAUUUUAAUAUUCACGGAGCCAAAAUUGGUGCAGUUACUGGUAGCAAGGAAUAUAUGUUUGGACUGAGCCUGAAUGCUGAUAUGCGCGAUUUCCGAUCAAAUAUUGGGGUGUUCGCAGCGCUAACCAAAGAUGAAGUUGAUGGAAUAUUUAUCGACAACUAUGUAGCGAAUCUGUUUGGAAAGACGCUUGCCGAAUAUAACUAUCGCGUGGACCGCAUGAUGGAUCAUCCAAUCACGUAUGGUAUACGAUUAGGACGGGGCUCAGAGAGACUGCAAAAGUGCAUUCGAAAAUACCUCAAAGAUCAUCCUCAGGAGGUGUUCGAUAUGUUCAGCAAAAGCUUUGAAGUUAACAGGAAUCCAAAGGAUCACGAAAAUUUACGCCAGAAAGAGGCAGAAAAAUUGUAUCACAAAGAUAAAUUGAGUGACGAUCUUCGUAAAUAUGGCGCCAUUUUUGUUUUUUCAAUCCUCUUUAUUGGCUUGUUUUUACAAUUUGCGAAGGAAGUGUAUCUAAAAAUCAAAAAUAGGUCGACCACGUCCACAUUCCUCGUGACCGAACGGCAUUGGGGCGGUUCAUUUGAGGAAAUUAACAGUCCAGUGAAGGAUCUUCUGCAUCAGUACAACUGCUUUCAGGACGGUUGGAUGAAGAAGAUGAAAUCUGUUCAUCAGGAAUAAUACUCUUGAGUUAUACUCCACUGCAGAAAAAGUGCUUCAUGUUUAGCCUGUGUUGUCCAGAACAUCUUGUAUGCAAUUCUGAAUCGUUUGCGAUUCAAUCUGUAGCGAAAUAUGACAGGCCUUGAUGAUAUGAUUUGGUAAAUAUCACACCGUGUUUGAACAUAGAGUCGUUUUUAAAAACAAAAUGAAUCUAUAUUUGAAUAACGCAUUUAACCAUUAUAUUGAUAGUUUGUAAACACGAUUUCAGGCUAGAAUGGCAAAGCAUCGUGUUGUUUGUUUCCUAUAUUAUACAAUAAAUAUCAAUGUUGAUACUCUGUAUAUUUGCACAGUAGUUAUUGAUUAAAAUGUAAGUAAACGUCA